AGGGAGCCGGGGCUUGGGGUUUCCGUGCGGGGUGCGCGUGCAGAGCGGCGGCGGGGCUGACCAUGAGUUUUCUUGGAGGUUUUUUUGGUUCCAUCUGUGAGAUUGAUGUUGUCCUUAAUGAUGGGGAGUCACGGAAGAUGGCGGAAAUGAAAACUGAUGAUGGCAAAGUAGAAAAACAUUAUCUCUUCUAUGAUGGUGAAUCCGUUUCAGGAAAGGUAAACCUAGCCUUUAAGCAACCUGGAAAGAGGCUAGAACACCAAGGAAUUCGAAUUGAAUUUGUCGGCCAAAUUGAACUCUUCAAUGACAAGAGUAAUACCCAUGAAUUUGUAAACCUAAUGAAAGAAUUGGCCUUACCUGGAGAACUGACACAAAGCAGAAGUUAUGACUUUGAAUUUAUGCAGGUUGAAAAGCCCUAUGAAUCCUACAUUGGUGCCAAUGUCCGAUUGAGGUAUUUUCUUAAAGUGACCAUAGUAAGACGACUGUCAGACUUGGUAAAAGAGUAUGAUCUCAUUGUUCACCAGCUAGCCACCUACCCAGAUGUUAACAACUCCAUCAAGAUGGAAGUGGGCAUCGAAGACUGUCUACACAUAGAGUUUGAAUACAAUAAAUCCAAGUAUCAUUUAAAGGAUGUGAUUGUUGGAAAAAUUUAUUUCUUAUUAGUAAGAAUAAAAAUUCAGCAUAUGGAAUUACAGCUGAUAAAGAAAGAGAUCACGGGAAUUGGACCCAGCACCACGACAGAAACAGAGACCAUCGCCAAGUAUGAAAUCAUGGAUGGGGCACCAGUCAAAGGCGAAUCAAUCCCCAUAAGACUCUUUCUGGCGGGAUAUGACCCAACUCCGACAAUGAGAGAUGUGAACAAGAAAUUCUCAGUACGAUAUUUUUUGAACCUAGUCCUCGUGGAUGAGGAAGACAGACGGUACUUCAAACAGCAGGAGAUCAUCUUAUGGAGAAAAGCCCCUGAAAAGCUAAGGAAGCCGAGGACAAACUUUCACCAGCGCUUCGAGCCUCCGGAGCCGCAGGCAUCUGCCGAGCAGCCAGAAAUGUGAAGGGAAGAAGAGCAGGGAGCGGGGAAG